AUGCUAUCGCUAAGCGAAUCCCUUGCUGAUCCAUUUUGCAGCGUGUUCAAAUUUGAGGACGCUUCUACUAUCUUCUUUUACGACCGACUUCAACCACCGCUGCUGUUGCCGCCAACGAUAAGAUUUUUGCAGACUAACGAGACAACCACUUCUUCAGAUAGCAUUUCUUUCUUUCUUUUUCUUUCUUUCUUUCUUUCUUUUCUUUCUUUUCUAACAACACUUCAAUUUUUCUGUCUUUUAAUUCUUUUAUUUCAUAUAAUUUUUGUUAUAGAAUUCAGCACUUUCUUUCUUUCUUUCUUUCUUUCUUUCUUUCUUACUUUCUUUUCUAACAACACUUCAAUUUUUCCAAUUAAGCACUUUCUUUCUUUUUCUUUCUUUCUUUCUUUCUUUCUUUCUUUUUCUUUCUUUCCCCGCUUUGAUUUUUCGUUCACAAUCGCUAUAUUUCUUUCUUUCUUUCUUUUUUUCUUUCUUUUUUUUCUUUUUUCUUUCUUUCUUUUCUUUCUUUCUUUCUUUCUUUUUUUCUUUCUUUCUUUCUUUCUUUUUUCUUUCUUUCUUUCUUUCUUUCUUUCUUUUUUUUCUUUCUUUCUUUCUAACUUUCUUUCUUUCUUAUUAUGGUGA